AUGCGAACGGCGGCGCCUCUGCCCAAUCAGGCGCGAAGGCAGUCGUUACUACAGCAACAGCGUCCCGGCAACACCAAGAGGACUUCGAAGCGGCGCCGCUGUCGAAAUGAAUGGAUUUGUAUUGAAUUCUCAGAAAGAUAUGUGAUUUUGCCAGACUUAGGAGUAUCUGAUGAGUGCCUAACAUAUUUUAUAGCUACAUCUGUGAGCUCUGUCCCAGAUCCCACAUUAUUCUCCUGGGACAUUGGGCAGAUCUUACUUCAAAAGACAGCUGAAGAAGACGAUGAACUGAAAAAAGAAUUUUAUGAACUGAAUGAAUUAGUUGAGCAGCCACAGUCGCCAAACAAUGACAUUAAGUCAGCUGGAAUCCCUGCUGAGGGAGAAAGUAUGUUGACCAGGCUGUGGAACCAUUACUGUGUUAGAGACUCUAAUGUGACAGAUUACAAAGAAUUUCUGAAGAAUUUUGGCAUAAGUACAGACACAGUUAAAGAAAGAAGCACAGAAAAUGAAGUUCCAGCAAAACUUUUUCUACAGUCUUCACCAGCUGAGCAUGCUGUGACAGAGUACAACCUGGAUAGCACUGAGAGGGCAUUUAGAGAAAAGCUGUGCUCAGCCUAUCAGGACAUUGAAAAAGCCUUCAGAGCAAUUGAUGUCAGCAGGAGUGGAUUUGUGUCUUUGGAUUACUUGAAGUCAGUCAUAAAUGGCUUUAUAUUUCCUUUGCCAAAUGAAACUUUUCAAGAGCUAAUGAAUAGAUUUGGACUGAAAGUCACAGGUAAAAUUGCUUGGCAAAAAUUUUUAGAAAAACUCCGGGAUCAUGGGAGCACCUUUGAAAACAGUCAGACAAUUCCUAUGAUAAAAAAAUAUAAAGUAAAUGCAGCUAGAGGAGAUGAAGCUUUCUCCAGUGACACUGUUCUUCAGAAGCUGCACAGAUACAUCCAAGAUGCUUAUUCCUCUUUAAAGCAGGCAUUCCUUACGCUUGACGAAAAACAAGAUGGAAAGAUCACAAGAAAUUACCUUCAUCAUGUUUUAAAUAACUUGGUAUUUCAACUGAAAGAAAAAGACUUCCAGGAUUUAAUUGAGACAAUUGAUCCAGAACAGACAGGAUACCUUGACUACCAUGAAUUUUUAGACUUGUUCGAAGCAAAAGAAUCAGUAGUGGGGGAGACCCCUUCAGAUAAAAUCACAGAAAAUUGGAAUGAUUUUCAUAAGGCUUUGCUGUCCUAUAAUCCUAAGUGUACUGGCACUGUUAACAGAAGUCAUCUAAGAAAAGUCCUACACCUGUGUUGUCCCUCUUUGUCAGAUCAACAAUUUAUGAAAAUCAAGCAGAUUGAAGAUCAAGCUGACAAAUAUGCCUGGAAUAGAUCUGUUGACGAACUUACAGCACAAGGACAGCUUUUAGCUGCUUGUCUGUGGAGUACCAAAGAUGUGAGGCGGGUGUUGGAAAAUCAUGGCAUGACAGUGGAUGACAGUGGAUGUAAUCUAACAGAAAAACUGGGGUUACCAGAUGGAGGGUUGAAUUAUCUGGAUUUUGUGGCAAUACUGGAAGAUGCCAGACUGAAUGGGCCAGGAGCUGCAUUAUGUAACAGCCCAAACCACAGAGUAAAUAAUGCUAAAUAUCACUAUAUGACUGCUGAAGAAUGUCUCAGUCAACUUAAUGAUAAGCUGCUGGAAGUCUAUGGGGACACCUAUUCUGCCUUCCGUGAAACAGACAGUAACCACAACGGUAUCAUCAACAUGCUUGACUUUCGACAAUUCUUGGAGAGCUUUCGGCUUUGUCUUAGAGAUGAAGAAUUCCUGCACCUGCUUGAUUUACUGGGGAUGAACCUGACCUCCACUUUAAAUUACCAAGAAUUCUGUCAACUGUUCCACACCCAAGAAACUAUGGAGGUACCUCCUCAGCUCGUGCCGUUUCACAAAAAAAAACAGAUGAUAACGGAUGCAGAGCUAGCUUGUGAUCACGCUCAUUACUACCUUGUUAUCAAAGCAAGAACCAGAUGGCAUGACCUAGCAAUGAAUUUUCAGGAAUUUGACAAUGAAGGAAACAGCAUUAUACAGCCAAGGGACUUGAAGAAAGUCUUGUUCAGAUUUGGCAUUCCAAUUACCCCAGAAAAAUUUAAGCAGCUUUGGGCAAGGUAUGAUACAGAUGCAAAAGGAUAUCUUACUCAUCACGAAUUUUUAAAGAAACUGGGGAUAGAGUCUGCACCCGCUGACACAGGGCUCAGCAGACACAUCAUGGAAGACAGCUAUGCACAUUUACAAGCACAUUAUAAUAAUCAACAAAAGAAGCAUUCAAAGCUGGAAGAGCAGCAGAAACAGCAAACUAAAACUCUGCAUGUUGGAGAAAUUAAAAAGCAGACCAAGAACAUUCCUCUGGUUGUGAGAGAGAGGCUCGUAAAGGAGCUAGAUUAUGUAGGAGUAAUGGUGGGAAGUUUAAAAAUGGAAGAGCCAAUUAACAACAGCAAGAUCAAAAGACAAGUCACUGAGAUUGUUCUUACAUCCAAUGGGACUAAGUACAUGUUUCAGGACAGACAGUGUUCUACAAAGGAUAUUUUCAGGGAUAAAUUUAGGGAUUACUUCCAAGAUUUCAAUAAGGCCUAUCAUAAAGUAGAUAAAAAUAGAGAUGGCUAUGUAACAGUAUGUGACCUGCACAGAAUACUACAAGAAUUUGACUAUUACCUUGAUCACGAUCAGUUCAGCAGUCUUCUAAACAGUUUAGGAAUCAGCAUUCAUGACAGCAAGCUCUCUUAUUUUGAUUUCCUGAGAGCAAUUGAUGAUGGCAGAGCAUCUAAAUACCAACAGAGACAAAAGCAGGCUGCACCACCUGCAAGCUUUGCAGCACUCAGCUUAGAACAGACCCUAAUUAAGAUAAAAGAAAUAGUUGCAUCAUCUUAUGAUUUGUUGUACAAGGCGUUUUCUCAAUUUGAUAAAAAAGACACUGGAGUAAUUAAAGCACUGGAAUUGCAGCAAGUACUUGACCAUUUCUGCUUCAAAUUAUCAGACAAGCAGUUCAGGUACCUCCUCAAGAACCUUAAUCUUCGCGAGGACUUCACAGUAGACUGGAAAGUUUUCCUGAAAAACAUAAACCACCUCACAGAGACUGAGGAAGGGCAAAAAGUCAUUCUGCCUAAAUCUGCUUGGGAGCUGCUAGAGAGAGGCAUCCUCUUGCAGAUACAAGUAGUGACUGUUGGCUUUAACACAAUUGCACAAGACUUUAAAGAUAUUUACUCUUCAAAAGAUAAUACAGUAUCAAAAGAGGAGUUCUGGGAUAUAUGUAAACAAAAUUUUCAGCAGCUGACUGAAGAACAAUUUGAAUGCCUUUGGAACACGGUGGAUGUCAGCACUGGUGGACGGCUGAAGUAUCAGAACCUUUUGGAGAAGUUCAGCUCAGAACUUGUGACGAUGCCAUCAAGCAUUGGCAGUGCGACUAGUUCUGCAACUUCUGCCAAACCAGCUGCCCAUGAUGGGCAGGACCUGCGCGCGUCUUCUCAGCCUGAACGUCCCAAGACAUCAUCUUCUCUAGUGGGGCAAAAGAGUACACCAGCAUCCAGUCGUCCUUUGACAACAACAACUUGUUCUACACCUGUCCUUAACUGUGAAACAAUAGAAAAUAAGAUAAGAAAGAACAUCCAACAUUCCUGGAGAGACAUACUGAAAGUGUGCAAAGAGAAGGAUGUCAGCAAGCUAGGAAAAAUCCCAGUGUCAGACUUCCUAGAUAUAGCAGAGAAGUUCAAUUUGGAUUUAAGUGAAGGGGAAAUUAACCAAAUAAAAACAAAAUAUGUUUUCAAGAAAAAUGGAAAAUUUGCAUACUAUGACUUCCUUCAGAGUUGUAUAUUGUUGUUAAAACCACAGGAAAGCUCACUGCUACAGAGGGUGAUUAUACAGAAGCCACCAAAGCCACUGAGUCCUGGACCACAAACCACGUCAUUCUUCAGUGCAAUGCUGAGAAUUCAGCCCCAGAUCCUGCACUGCUGGAGACCAAUGAAACUAACGUUUCAUUCCUAUGAUGAAAGUUUUACUGGACUGUUGAAUAUUGCAGAUUUCAGACAAGUUCUUCACGAGUACCACAUCAACCUAACUGAAGAGGAGUUAUUCAACAUUUUGGAAUAUUAUGAUAAAGAUCUGUCUUCAAAAAUAUCCUAUAAUGAUUUUCUCCGAGCAUUCAUACAGUAGGAUUUGAUCAAAUGCAGGAAACUGUAGAUAAAGAUGGUGACUGAUUUAUAAUUUAAAAUUUAAAACUAAUACAUUGAGUAUGGCUAUUUGUAUCUAUUCAUUAGAAAACUCAAAAUACAUUCUGACAGUGGUCCUGUGUUGUGGAUUAAAUCUACAUAGUGAGAGAAUUAAUUUUGCAUAAUCCAUUUAUCAAAAGAGACUACGACAACAAUUAGCAUUGUCAAAAUGUUUCCUAAGACAUCUCCAAAAGCAAUUCAUUUAAGGAAUUUCUUUUUUUAAUUUUACACAUUUUAUUAAUGACAUACUCUUAACUUCAGUAAAAAGGUUUACAAGACAUACUAUUGAAUUUCCUCAAUUGUCAUUUUCCAAAUGUAUUACUUUUAAUAUGUCGGCUUUCAUUAUUCAAAAAAAACAUCCUAGUUCUUGGUGCAUCUUUUCCUCUACUCAGUGCCAUAUGUGUAUUGUCAAAGACAUGUUAAUAUGGACCAGCCAUUGAAAUCUGAGAAUAGGCCAGCUAUGUGAAUAUCAUAUCUUUCCCUGUUAAAACUGUUCUUCUACACCCUUCAGCACAGUUUAGAAAAUAAGCUACUUUACCAAUAAGCACUGGCUUCUUAACUGCAGAGAAAUAUUCCCAGUGUUAGCCAUGAGGUUUAUUUUUUUAAGGAUACUGUAUAUGUGUGUAUAUAUAUACACACACAAUAAAUAGGAAAUUGCAAGUAAAACCUCUGGUUAGAUUUCCCGGUUCUAGAAAAAUUCUGUUUGAAUAUCUUGUGAAGUCUAUGAUCUUGGCAAGGAAAUGAAAAGAUAAUUGUUUGGCUGUUGAACUCUUGUGAUAAUUAGAGGAUAAUAUGAUGAGAGCCUGCUUCCCGGUAUUAUAUCAAGAGUUAAACACUUAUGUGCUCUGAAGAAUUGUUAGGUAACUAUUUCACUGCCCGGUUCCUGAAUUAGUUUCCAUCAGUACACUGAAGAGCCUUGUCCUCAUCACCUGCACUGAUGUGGUAACUUUCUUUCUCCCAAGUAACAUACAUGUCAACAAAAAUUAAUAAACCAAAAAAAGACAUCAAGUUAUGCAUGUAUACACACACAUAUAUAUCAAGGGAAGUCUUGGAAUGGGAAAGAGUAGAGAAACAUAAUCUUGUUUUUCUUAUUAUUUCUAUUGAAUAUGUGAACCAUUGUGAUGAGUCUGAAAGACUCACAGUGCAAAACACUUUAAUGCAUGUUUUUUCUGAGAAAAUGUUUCUUUGCAUUUGGAUCUUUCCAGGAGAUAUUUUUAAGAUUUUGAGUAAAAACAUUAGGGAGGUUUCAGGUUGGCUGUUCAGUAUUGUUUCUCUUAUAGCUUCUAAGAGUAGUUUAAUUUGUACUCCACUACGAAGUAAAUACAUUUAGAAGUGGAUAUAUUUGAAAUCAUAACAUAAAAAAAAUGCUUGCUAGACCUUUUGCCAAAACUAAUGGCUAUCUCCAAGUCCCUGAAAUCACUGCAUAGAUAUUUGAUUAACGGAGGAAAUAAACUACUGUUAUGGAAGGUUGUUCUCCUAUACUAAAUCAAUACAAAAAUUCCUAGUUCCACUAAUAGAAAACAAUAGAUUUUAAGAGCACAUGUUCAUAUGUCAGCAAGGGGCUGAAAAGGGCUGGCCCUGGUUCAAUUGCCUGAGCACGGCCGAGUUCGCUGUUCACGGAUGGCCGCCCCGACAGGUCCCGGGUUAGCACCAGCCAGCCCCACGGGGAUGUCUCCGGCCUCAGAGGGCAUCUGCAACAGGUAACUGCGCUUCAGCAGCUGAGCUGAGCCCAAGGGGCACUCCGUUUAGCCCCAUUUAAGAGCAAUUAGCCUGUUUUUGUGUAAUUUUACCCUUGUAACUGGUGCAAAGCCUCAAACCGCUCUUUCUUAAUGGGAAGAUAAUUCCUCCUCCUCGGUCAGGUGCAACAUACCUGAUGUAAUUUCUGUUAUUAUUUCAUACAGUUUGUCUACUGAAUCAAUCAUUCAUAUUCAUUAAAGAAAUAAUUGCUAUUUUUUAAUAGCCAAGAUUGUAACACAAAUAUUACAUUAAUUAUUUUUAAAACGGUAGAUUUCAC